AGUUAAUUACUUGCCUUCUUUCCCACUUGGCUUCGAAGAUAAUUGGUUUCGCAGUUGGGUAGUGACCCACCAUUUUAAAUUUUCAGCCACGCUCAAGAACAAUUGAAAAACCCAAAUGAAAAACACUGACAUCUCUGUGCGAUUCCAUGCAUUUCUUUCUUCUGGGUCAUUCUUAAUUUCCCUUCUCAUUACAUUACCGUAUUAUAUUCUUCUCGAAGUUCUCUCUUCUGUUUCUUUGAGGAGUUAAUGCACAGGCAGCGGUUUCCAAACCCCAGGAACCUCGUGUUAGUGCAUGUGGGGUUUUAUAAUUUAGUGUUCCAACCCAGUCAAAUCUUGUGGUUUUAGCUUUUGGGUUCUUGAUUCACUGGAACUUGCUUUCCCAUUUUGAUUUGGGUUCGCAUAUUUCUGUUUCUACAACUUGUGGAGUUGAAAAGCAUUUGAACGGAUGUCUUCUUAGCUAAGCUUUUGUCUGUUUUUUGGGAAAUGUGAGACCGAGAUUCCAUACUCAUAGGGGUUCUUGAACAGAAUCGGUUCAUUUGUCCCUUUUUGUCAAUUUGGUCGGUAGAUGCAAAGAGGGCUGCUAGCUUUUUGUUUCCUUGGUUCUUGGACAGAAUCGUUCAGUUGUUUGGAUCCAUUUCUUUCUUCAGUACUUGCAAUAGGUCAUAUUAAGUUUGUCUCAGCUGGUUUUUGAACUAAAGUUUUUCUCAGAGCCAAGGGGCCAGACCCAAAAAAGGAGAAAAGGAAAGAAAACUUUUGACUUCAUUAAUUGGGGAAAAUCAGAGAAGAUAAAUUCACCCUUCAUUUCUCACUUUCAUGGAGUAUUGGGGCCUGAAAACUCUUUCAUAAGGCAAAUACAGUUUUCUUUUUCAUUGUUUUGCAGUAUGCUGUCUUCACGGAUUUUCUGUUCAUAUUUUGAAUGAUUUAGCCAUCCUCGGAAAACUGCUAGGUUGGUGUGUAACUGGAGCUUUGAAGAACAUACUAGAAGGGUUCAGAAAGUUGUCGAAGAUGGCUGAAAAUGAUCAUGAGAUGCGAUCUUUGGCUUUGACUCCCACUUGGUCUGUUGCUUCUGUGCUGACUAUUUUUGUUGCAGUCUCUUUGCUUGUCGAACGGUCCAUUCACCGGUUAAGCACUUGGUUGGGGAAAACUAACCGAAAGCCACUAUUUGAGGCAGUGGAGAAAAUGAAAGAAGAGUUGAUGCUGCUUGGAUUUAUUUCUCUCCUUUUAACAGCUACAUCAAGCUCAAUAGCAAAUAUCUGUAUCCCAUCAAAGUUCUACAAUACCCCUUUUACUCCAUGCACCAAAGCUGAGGCUGAUGAACAGGAAGAUGACAGUUCAUCUGAGGAACGGAAACUAUAUACAAAUUCUGUAUUACCCCAUUUGUUUAGGCGGAUGCUUAAUGUGAAUAAGAAAACCUGCAAGAAGGGUUACGAGCCAUUUGUUUCAUAUGAGGGUCUUGAGCAAUUGCAUCGCUUUAUCUUUAUAAUGGCAGUAACUCAUAUAUCUUAUAGCUGCUUAACAAUGUUACUGGCAAUUGUGAAGGUUCACAGAUGGAGAGUCUGGGAGGAUGAAGCCCACAUGGACAGACAUGAUUCACUAAAUGAUAUCACGAGAGAAAUGACACUGCGGAGGCAAUCAACCUUUGUCCGAUAUCACACUUCAAAUCCUAUGACGAGGAACAGUUUUCUAAUCUGGGUGACAUGUUUUUUCCGGCAAUUUGGGAAUUCUGUAGUUCGUGCUGACUACCUCACACUCCGCAAGGGCUUCAUCAUGAAUCACCACCUCCCCCUGACAUAUGAUUUCCACAGCUACAUGAUUCGCUCCAUGGAAGAAGAAUUCCAAAGGAUAGUAGGCGUGAGUGGUCCAUUGUGGGGAUUCGUUGUUGCUUUCAUGCUGUUUAAUGUAAAAGGCUCGAAUCUAUAUUUCUGGAUAGCAAGCAUUCCGGUUGCUCUUGUUCUUUUUGUGGGCACGAAAUUGCAGCAUGUCAUCGCAACAUUGGCACUGGAAAGUGCUGGUAUAACUGGUUCAUUUUCGGGUUCAAAGCUAAAGCCAAGAGAUGAUCUUUUCUGGUUUAAGAAGCCUGAACUCCUCUUGUCCUUGAUCCACUUUAUCCUUUUCCAGAAUGCAUUCGAGUUGGCAUCAUUCUUCUGGUUCUGGUGGCAAUUUGGAUAUAAUUCUUGCUUCAUUAGGAAUCAUAUGCUUGUCUAUGCAAGACUUAUUUUGGGAUUCGCUGGGCAGUUCCUUUGCAGCUACAGCACCUUGCCCUUGUAUGCUUUGGUAACUCAGAUGGGAACAAACUAUAAAGCUGCAUUAAUUCCACAAAGAAUAAGGGAAACAAUCCAUGGAUGGGGCAAGGCAGCAAGAAGGAAAAGAAGGCUUCGCAUGUUCGCAGAUGACACCACGAUUCACACAGAAACAAGCACGGUCAUGUCACUUGAGGAUGAUGACUGUCGGCUUAUUGAUGAUACUUCUGAAACUACUGCUGACUAUACAGCAAUCGAACUACAACCAACUUCUGUACAAGACGAUCCUGACUCUGUUACUAAUGAACGGCCAAGCAGGGCUAGAACGCCUCUUCUACAACCCUCUACAUCUCUUUCUUCAGCAGUUGAUCACAAGUUUGAAGUGGAAAACUUUAUGAGAAGCUUCUCUAUGCCAGUCAAAAGAUAGCCAGUAAGAUUGUAUUAGCAAAAAGAAAGAAAGACGGCGGUGAAACAGCAAUGAUAGUUGUGUUUAGAUUAGUGUGAGCUUCGACCGAAAUCAAGUGUUGAGAAUAUUUGAGGCUGGAGGUACAUACUUAUACGAAUGAGAUACUCAUACUGAACAAUGAACUUAUGAAAUUCAGCUUAUGUAAUAUAGGAAGUCGUAUACGUAGAAAAAAGUUCUGUAUUGAUAUUAGAGUGGUAUUAUAAUAAGAAAAUGAAUUCAAAUCAUGAAGCUUUUUAUUAA